AUGUCCGGCCUUGAAUGCAACAGCAAGAAAGGCUACCAUUACUGGUGGGACAACGUCCCCGGAGGAGGAGACGGAGGAGGCGGCAACGACAACAACAACAACAACAACAAACAACUCACUCGGGAGGAGUCUCUGAGAUUGGAGGAAGAAAGCCAGAAAGUGAAAGGAAGCAAAUGGAACGCGGCGCAAACGUUCGAGGAGCGCUCGUACUUAUCGUGGGCAGAAACGACGUUGAACGAAAUUUUGAGGAGACAGUGUAAAGAUGAGUUAUGGUUCGCGAGCGAAAAAGAGCACAUCAAAUCGAAGGAGGUUCGAGGUGGAUGGAGGAGAAGAUUCUUGUUGUUGAGUGUGAAAAAGCUCACUGGGAACUGUUCGAUAGUCUUGUCGAGAGGAAAAAUGAAACACGGAUUAGAUUUGGAAACGACGGAAUUUGAGAUAAAAGCGACGUACACGAAAGGCGAAUAUUUUGAUUACGACGAUGGUUACGUUGAGGUAGACGGGACGUUCACGGUGCCGGAAAUUAGCAUCGAAACUAUCGCCGACGACGAGUUUGAGAUUCGCGACGCGAAAGCGAAGGAACCGAAGGAAGUGGAAGACGAGAACGAGAGGAAAGCGCUGAAAGAAGAUUGCGAGUUAUUCAUGAAAGAUUUGAAAGGGUUUGUGACGGGUGCGUGCGAACAUUUAGAGCAAAAACUGGCUGAAAAAGCCAACGAUUAA